GCUCGCGCCACAGAAACAAAUGUUUUAUUCUCUCGUCUAGCCUGAACAUUCAGUUUAAAAAAAAAAAACGACAGCGUUUCUCUGAUGCAGGGCCGGUUCUAGCAACAGAACAGACGCACGUGUGAUCCGCUGUUAUAAAAGAUGGGAUGACAGGAAGAGAAGAGAAGCAGAAGACCAUUGGAUGAAAUACAAAGGUAACCAGACUUGCUUUGUUUGCUUUAAAGAAGAAAGCCUCGGCUGUGACCAGCCUGGCUUCUGUAGAGACACUGAGGGGAACUGAUGCAAUCGAUGUUUCACUCAUUUUCUCUGGAAGAGGAAAGGAUGGAGACAAAUAAAAGCCGACGUGCUCAUCAUCAUCAUCGUCACGGCUGCGCGAAGGCGAACGGGAGGCGAUAUGUUGGAGCGUUGUAGUGCAGGAUGCCUUCAGGACGCCGGGGAUGAUGGAAGUGAAAUGAGACUGCUCUGCUUGUCGUGUAGCGUUUGAACAAGCUCGAUGAGACGCCGGCCAGCCGCCGCAGUGACCGUCGGAACGCUUUUAAUAUUUGACCUGCCCGGUUCCUGCUGAAUUACGUAAUUUAAUUACAAAGUAAAUGAAACUGUAAUCUUGUAGGCUAGUUACUGGGGGGGAUAGGCCUAUUUAAUGAAAUUACAGUUACGUAUGAUAAUGUUCCUGAUUACAUUGGGGGGUUACAUCUGAAUAGUUUCUGUACAAAGCUAGGCUAUAUGUUGAAUAAUAUUCAUGUUGUUGCCGUGCAUGUUUUCCAUGCCCACGUUGUCUUCUUUUGCCCUUUCCAGCCACAGCCGUUCAGUAAAGUUUGAUUCCGUUCUGAUGCCUUUUCUCUUUGGAUUCGCAGCGCCGCCCGCCAGACAGUUCAUUUCCCUCUCAAGCUGUCAUUUCAAAUUUUAGAAAAGCAAUCGAAAAGCUAUGAAAUGCGAUACGUUACAUUACUUCGAUAAUAUAUAAUAAGAUAGCUACACUGCUAUUCGGUUUUUAAAUAGGGUAGCCUAUAUCACGUUCCCAGAGGAGCCUUCCCAGCGCUGAUUGACUGCGUGUCUGCCCUCAGCACCGCGGACAGCGACCAUGACUCGGCUCCGCAGGAAAGCUCUCGUGGCGCUGUUCCUCUUCACGCUGUUUAUUUUCGGGGCCAUGAUGGGGCUCAGGACGCUCAAGCCCAGCGACGGCUUCUCGGACCUAGCCCCCGGCAUAGGCAUAGACUUCCCCGGGGAGAAGCCGGACCGGAGGCGGCUGGAUGGGAGAGACGUGGCGCAGGUGUCGCCGGGCCAGUUCCACACGGGCAGCAGCAGCAGCAGCAUCAGUGACACUAAAGUGGUGUUCACCAGAUCGGAUCGUGAAUACAGCAUAUUCUACGAUGUUCACAUCUUCUACUACCUGUGGUACGGCUCUCCCAGCAUGGACAACAAGUACAUCCACUGGGAUCAUGUGCUCGUGCCACACUGGGACCCCAAGAUCGCAGCCAGUCAUGCCCAGGGAAGGCACACACCUCCGGAGGAUAUCGCCUCGAGUUUCUACCCGGAGCUGGGAGCCUACAGCUCCAGGGACCCGGCGGUGAUGGAGGCACAUAUGGCCCAGAUAGAGGCGGCUGCAGCAGGGGUGCUGGUGUUGUCCUGGUACCCCCCCGGGGUGGCAGACGACCACGGCGAGCCCACCGAGGACCUGGUUCCUGUCGUCAUGGACGCCGCCCACAGGCACAGCAUCAAGGUGGCCUUUCAUAUACAGCCAUACAAAGGACGGACGGACCAGAGCAUGCAUGACAACAUCAAAUACAUUAUUGACAAGUAUGGAAAGCAUGGCGCCUUCUACAGAUUCCGAUCCAGCACAGGGCGAGUCCUGCCUCUGUUUUAUGUCUAUGACUCCUACCUGACACCACCAGAGUCCUGGGCGGAGCUUCUGAAGACUAAAGGCUCCCACAGCAUCAGAGGCACGCCUUACGAUGGCGUUUUUGUCGCCCUCAUUGUGGAAGAGCGCAACAAACAUGACAUCCUAGCUAGCGGCUUUGAUGGCAUAUACACCUACUUUGCCUCCAACGGCUUCUCCUUUGGCUCAUCCCACCAGAACUGGAAAGCCAUCAAGGCCUUCUGCGAUGCAAACAAUCUGCUAUUUAUUCCCAGUGUUGGUCCAGGGUACGUGGACACAGCUGUCCGGCCAUGGAACAACCAUAACACGAGGAACCGGGUGAACGGACGUUACUACGACACAUCCUUGCAGGCAGCGUUGUCCGUCAGACCAGAAAUCGUCACCAUUACUUCCUUUAAUCAGUGGCACGAAGGCACGCAGAUAGAGAAGGCUGUACCCAAGAAAACAGUGGCCCGUUUGUACCUUGACUACCAACCCAACCAACCAGACCACUAUUUAAAACUUACGCGCCAGUGGGCCGAGAACUUCAACAAGGAGAAGGACAAAUGGCUGAUGUGAACAUGGCUUUGUUUCCCUGGUAGAUGCCCUGAGCAUGCCCAGAAAUGACAUUAAGUCAGAUCCCCUAUGCCCCUUUAUGUUCCACAACCUACCAGCUUUUCCCCAACUCUCAGCACUUCCGAUGAUAUUUUCUCUAAAUGUUCACUCUACCCUUACAGCUUUUAAUCACUUGCAUUUUUUUUGUACAGGUUAAUAAUAAUAAUGUCUAAUACUAAUACUAAUAUGUUGAAGCUACAAUGUCACAAUGAUGGACAGAUCAUCAUCGUAACCCGAUUACAACUCUGUUUAUUAUCCGUUUGCGGAAUCAAGAAAUUGCGUCUAUGUACAGUAACUCUGCUCUGUAGGGUCUUUUUUCUUAUUUUCAUAAGAUGAAAGAGUGUUUUUUCCUGUAAUUCUUUAAAGACGAAUUAAAAUGUGUGUCUGUU